AUGAUGGAAACUGACGCAAGCAGUAGCGCCACGGACGAACCCGCGAAAAACGAGGACUUAUUGAACGAUGAAAGCGGCAUCGUUAAAGGUAGCAAUGAGGAACGCGGCAACGUCGAGAGCUUCAAAAGCAGGAUGAAGGCUGCGAUGAAGAUGCCGUCCAGGAAGAAGAAAAAGAGGGAAAUAAGGGACGCCGACUCGGAUGAAGAGCAGAACACCCUGGAGGUGGAGAAAAAACAAAAGGGAGAAGCAGGAGAAGCCAAUUCGAAGGGGGACCAACAACUCGAUGGAGACAGUAGCGAAAAGGAUGAAAAGAAACCAAACGAGGAGGACUCGGAAGAAGACCCCUCGAAUGAAAACAACCCAGGGAAGAGGAAAAGGAAAUCAAAAUUGAAGAAAAAAGGUGACGAAGAACAAAUUAACGAAAGGAAUACCCACUCCGCAGAGAACAACUUUACCACAGAAGACAACAUCUUUGGGGACGAAAACUUUUCUGAUGAGAGCCACAGCAGCGGGGCGGCUCGCAGUAAGCAGGUUGCUGAUGGCGGUGAAGACAGCGCAGGUACCGACGAUGAUGACGACCAUACUGAUAAUGAUGACAAACAAAACAGCAAAAGGAAAAAAAAAAAAAAAAAAAAGAGGAAGGUGCGCCCCAGCAAGGAUAAAAGUGUGGACGAGGGCGGCCAAAAGAAAAAACUCAAGUCGCCCAAGAAGAAGAGCAAGUUUAUAGAUAGCGUCGCCGAGGAAGGGGAAGAAGAGACAGAGAGCGAAAGCGAUAGCGAGGAGUACGAAGAGGAAGAUCUAAUCAACGACGACAAUGACCAAGGGGGAAAAAAAAAAAAAAAAAAAAAAUCAUCAAAAAAUGGGAAAUUAUCCACGCUAAGUCUAUUGGACGAUGAAGGAGAUUACAACGAUAACGAAGAGAUGAACGAUUCGGGUAAAUCUGAAAAAAAAAAAAAAUCCCAUUUUGAUGAAAUAUUAGAAAAUUUAAAGAUGAAAAGGAAAAGAGUGCAAAAGAUUUCCGAAGACGAAGGUCUGCAAUAUUGCGAAAAUGUUUUAAACCAAAUGAUCCUAAUGCAUGAGCAGGAUAUAAAAAAUAUAAAAGAAAAAAAACCAGCAACAGCAAAGUUACAAAUAAUUGAUCAAGUGUGUAUGAUUCUAACCAAGCCAAAAUGGAAACCCUUUUUUAUGAAGCUAAAUAUUUACCACGUCUUAGCAUUAUGGCUAAUGCCACUUUCGAAAAAUACACUUCCCAAUUUUACCAUCCGAACGAAUCUAUUGAAGGUCAUACAACAGCUCCCCAUUACUAUAAAAUCCUUGAGGGGUAGCCAGCUUGGCAAAAUAAUGACCUACUUACACUCACAUAAAGACGAAACAGAUGAAAACAAAAAACUCAUUAGGACCAUUUUGCAAAAUUGGAUGGGACCCAUCAUAGGUAUUAACACAAAUUAUAAACAAUUUUUAAAAGAAAGACAAAAAAGAAUUUUAGAAAAUCCAGAAUAUCACAAGAAAAUACUCGAAAAAGCAAAAACAUUGAUUCCAGAUUCGAUUAGCAUUGAGAAGGAGGAAGAGCAAAAUGAAUUGAAGAAACAUGCCACCAUACCCUUCAACAGUGAGUGCUCCUUUUUAAUUAACGUCCCUUCUUCUGUGCCUAGCUCUAGCAAGAAAAUAUUGCCCAAAAGUAAAAUUAAGAGGCUUACCGAUAAUAUGAAAAUGUUGAAGAGGGCGCGGAAGUCUCAGAAGGUCUCCAUUGAGGGCAAGGGCGUUGCCAUAUAG